CGGGGCAGAGGCAGCCAUGAGGCGGCCGGCGGGGCUGCUGGCGUUGGUGGUGGCGGCGGCGGCGGCGUUGGAGCCGGUCAGCGUCAGCCUGGCCAUCACGGCGGCCUCAGUGCUGACCGGCUUCCUCGCCCAGCCCCGCUUCUACUGCGGCUUCGUGGAGUGCUGCCUCCCCGACGACCACUGUCUCGACCCGGCAGCCCUGCAGCAGUCCCUGGAACAGAGGCUCUUCGGGCAGCACUUGGCCCAAGAGGUCACCCUGAAGGCGCUGACCGGCUUCAUCCAGAACCCCAACCCGAAGAAGCCACUGGCCCUCUCGCUGCACGGCUGGGCCGGGACGGGCAAAAACUUCAUCAGCCAGAUCAUUGCCGAGAACCUUUACCCAGCCGGCCUGAAGAGCAAAUUCGUGCACCUGUUUCUUUCCACGCUGCAUUUCCCGCACGAGCACCUGGUCCCCCACUACAAGGACCAGCUGCAGAAAUGGAUCCACGGGAACGUGAGCGCCUGCGCAAAGUCUGUCUUCAUCUUCGACGAAAUGGAUAAGCUGCACCCGGGGCUGAUUGACGCCAUCAAACCCUUCCUGGAUUACUAUGAGCAGAUCGACGGCGUGUCGUAUCGGAGAGCCAUCUUCAUCUUCCUCAGUAACGCGGGAGGAGACCUGAUCACGAGAGUCGCACUUGAGUUUUGGAGGAGCGGCCGAGAGAGGGAAGAGAUCCAGUUGAAAGAUUUGGAAGCGGUCUUAUCUUUGGGGGUUUUCAACAACCGGAACAGUGGCCUGUGGCACAGCAGCCUGAUCGACCGAAACCUCAUCGAUUACUUUGUGCCUUUCCUUCCCCUGGAGUACAAGCAUGUCAAAAUGUGUAUCCGGGCAGAGAUGAAAUCCCGCGGCAACGCCAUCGACGAAGAGAUCGUUGAAAAGGUGGCAGAAGAGAUGACCUUUUUCCCCAAAGAAGAGAAGAUUUACUCAGACAAAGGCUGUAAAACCGUGCAGACUAAGCUGGAUUUCUACUAAGGGUUUCUAUUUUUUAAGGGUCCCAAAAACAAGGGAGAAAAUAUUUGCAACAAUUUCCUCUGUAUGCACUGUAAAAAAAAAAAAAAAAGCAAAAAAAGGAAGUCUCUGGACAUGCACUUUUUAAAAAUUUGGGGCAGUUUUUUUUACAGCCCCCUGGAACCUUUUGGGGUGCUGUUUCCUCUUCCCCAGAUGUGGUCACCCAAAAAUAUUGCUCUGGGCAUCUUUCACUGUACUGCACUUUUUAACACUCGCUAGUGGGAGGCGUAGAAGAUAUAAUUCAAUCUAUUGGCAGGGAGAAUUGAAGAGUUACUCAAUUUGAUUAUUCCUGGCGGUCUGAAUGAACUAAACAAAGGUCUGAGCUGACCAGUUGUAAAGUAAAGCCACUGCAUGUUACACAAGAUCUGUCUUCCUAUCUCACCCCAUGCGCAUCCCCGCCAAAAAAUAGUUUUUGAGAAUUUCAGGUUAGAGAAAGGUCAAAACCAAAGUGUGCCUUGUUAGGUCAAUGUUGAUGAGUGUCACGUUGUAGAGAUUGUGUCAAUUCAAGGUAUCUUGUGGACCAAGUUGAUAAAAUAGUUCCUGAGCUUGUUGAGACUAAGCUAAGGACCUGCUCAAUCGGAGGGAAAGUUUCUAUUUGACAAUCAUUCUUUUGUCUGGAUCAA